AUGUCUUCGCAGAAUGCUCCUGGCUGGACUACUCAGCCCAAUCCGUACCCACAGGCUCGUCGCGACGACAAGGCGUCCCUCACCUACAAGUCGGCCGCCAAGGGCUCCGUGUCUGUCCCAGAACCCUACAUCUGGCUCGAGCAGCCUCCCUCUCAGUCGCAAGAGACCAAGGACUGGGUGCAUGCUCAGGCUGAGGUCACCAAGAAAUACAUCGACGGCUGUCAACCCGAUCUGGACAUUCUCAAGUCUCGCAUCGAAAAGAACUUUGACUUUGCCCGCUUUUCCUGUCCUUCGCUCAAGGGCGACGGCAAUUACUAUUACAGCUUCAACUCGGGUCUCUCUCCGCAGUCGCUUAUCUACACUGCCAGCAAGCAGCAAGUGGACGCAAAUGCAGGCAAGAACGAGCGAGACCCUAUCGGAGACAUCUUUUUCGACUCCAACCUGCUCAGUGCAGAUGGCACCGUAGCACUCAGCUUCACCACUUUCUCGCACUCGGGCAAACACAUGGCCUACGGUAUCAGCAAGAGCGGCAGUGACUGGACCGAGAUCUUUGUCCGCGAGACGGCAAAGCCUUUCAAGCUGGAUGACAAGCACUACAACGCAAAUGGCACUAUCAAGCUGUCCAAGGACGAGCUUGCCAAGUACGUCGAUGCUACCGGUGGCAAGGACCGCCUCGAGGACAAGCUCGAGAACGUCAAGUUCUCGGGCGCUGCUUUCACCCACGACGACAAGGGUCUCUUCUACCAGACCUACCCUUCCGCUUCCGUUUCCGACAAGGGUACCGAGACAGACGCCAACAAAGACGCUCAGCUCUGGUAUCACCGCAUCGGUACGUCUCAGCCUGAAGACGUGCUUGUCGUUAGCAAGGAUCUCAAGGUGCCCGAGUCGAUGUGGUCUACCAACGUCACGCACGAUGGCAACUUCCUCAUGCUGUACAACAGCAAGGACACCGACACCAAAGAGCGCGUCUACGUGCUGCCUUUGCAGGACCAGGGCCUGGCAGCCGCCGGCCAGCUCAAGUGGAUCCCACUCGCCCUCUCGUUCAAGUACGUGCUCAACUACGUGACCAACAAGGGCAACCGCUUCUACUUUAUGACCAACAAGGACGCUCCCAACUACCGCCUCGUCUCGGUCGACAUCGAUCCCGCCAAAGCUCAGCAGACAAAUAACGUGUGGGAGCUUACCGGCGAGGACGCUCCGCUCACGGAUGUGAUCGCCGAGGAGAAGGACGCCCUGCUUUCAUCUGUCCAGGUGAUCGACCAAAACAAGCUGCUGGUCGUCUACUCGCGCGAUGUCAAGAGCGAACUGUACCAGUACGAGCUCGAGUCGGGCAAGCAAGUCGAGAGGCUGCUGCCAGACCUUGUUGGGACCAUCGAGCAGAUCGCAGCACGACACAGCGACGACCAUGCCUUUGUCAAGUUUGGCUCCUUCGUCAACCCCGGCCAGGUCGUGCGACUGGACUGGGAGGCCAACUCUGCGCCCAGCGCGACCAAGGCCAAGCAGACCGCCUACUACGAUACGCAGGUGGAGGGCAUCAAGGCAGAGGACUUUGUCUCAGAGCAAGUGUUCAUCACUUCCAAGGACGGCACUCGCGUACCUAUGUUCGUGACCCAUCCCAAAACGGCGCAGAAAGACGGCACCUCGCCCGCCAUCCUCUACUUCUACGGUGGCUUCAACAUCCCCAUCACACCCGUCUUUUCGCCCUCGAUGAUGUCGUGGAUCUCCGCGUACAACGGUGUUCUUGCGUUCGUCAACUGCCGCGGUGGUGGCGAGUACGGUGACAAGUGGCACGAAGCAGGCACGCUUCUGAAUAAGCAAAAUGUCUUCGACGACGCGCUCUCUGCAGCUAGGUACCUGCACGAGAGCGGCUACGCGGCCAAGGGCAAGAUCAUCCUCUCUGGCGGUUCCAACGGCGGACUCGGUGUCGCAGCGUGCAUCAACCAGCAACUCCCCGAACACGGUAUCGGCGCGGGCAUCGCCGACGUCGGCGUCAUGGACAUGCUCAAGUUCCACACGUGGACCAUCGGCAAGGCGUGGUGCGCCGACUACGGCAACCCCUCGGAGGACCCAGAGAUCUUUGAUUACGUCUAUAAGUACUCGCCGCUGCACAAUGUCGACCCGAACAAGGUGUACCCGACGACGGUGCUGGCCUGCGCGGACCACGACGACAGAGUCGUGCCAGCCCACUCGUUCAAGCUGAUGGCCGAGAUGCAACACAAGUUGGCGAACAACCCAAACCCACUGCUGUUGAGGGUCGAGAUCGAUGCGGGUCACGGAGCGGGCAAGAGCACGCAGAAGAGGAUCCAGGAGGCGGCAGAGAAGUACGCGAUCGUGGGUAGGGCGUUGGGGCUCAAGAUUCGCGAAGACGGGAGCAGUAGCCGGCUGUAG